UCUGGUUCUUGACUUUAGCUUAAGGUAAAUCAGCCUCAGUUCGAAUCCGGAUCAAGCGGGGUCUGUACCGUUUUCUACCUGGGCCUUCCGAGCACGUGUUGACGAGAAAAAGACGAGAUCGCGAUCGAUUUUCGGUGUGUGGACUAAGAGGUGUUUGUGUGUUAGUGAAAAGGGGUGAUGUGGAGGAAAAUUUGUAGAUUUGUGAGGAUGUUUAUUUGAGAUGCAAGAUGGAUGUUAAGACUUUGUUUUGGUUCUUGGUGAUUUGCUUGUGCUUGCUUGGAAGUGGAGUUUAUGCAAAGGGAAAGAAGGCUGGUAGACACGGUCAAAAAUUCUCGAGGAACAUUAAAAUUAGCAACCAUGUACGACGAAACGUCACCCAAGACUCAGGUCUGUGGCCUUCGGUCUUCAACUUGGCGACCAAAGCUGUUAUCAGUGUCAAUGCCACCUGUGGUGAAGGUGGCAGGGAGGAGUUCUGCAGGAUGGCAGAAGGAGCCAAAGGAAGGUGCGGGAUCUGCGACAACUUCAGCCCUGACAGCGGAAAGAGACAUUCCAUUCACUACGCUAUAGAUGGUUCGAACAGAUGGUGGCAGAGUCCAGCGCUCUUCUAUGGUCCCGAGUUCGAGUACGUCACGAUAACCAUAGAUCUGAAACAGGUCUAUCAGAUAAUGUACAUCAUCAUCAAAUCUGCCAAUUCUCCCAGGCCUGGGACAUGGAUCCUGGAACGUUCCAUCGACGGUGACAUCUUUCAGCCUUGGCAGUUUUUUGCGAGGAACGACAGGGAAUGCGUAGAGAGAUUUGGAAUGACAGCAAGGAAGGGAAAGCCAAAGUAUGUCACAGACUCCGAAGUGAUCUGCACUUCGUUCUAUUCGAAACUGACGCCCAUGGAGAAUGGAGAGAUCCACACAUCUCUGGUGCACGGACGACCCGGAGCGAACGAGUCGAGCCCGGAGCUGUUGGAGUUCACGAGAGCGCGUUACGUGCGUCUGAGACUGAUGGGUUUGAGGGGAACGGUGGAGCCGCUUCCGGAGUGGUUCGUGGAAGACUUCUCGAGGGACAAGAGGCUCUUCUAUUCCAUCAGGGACAUCAACAUAGGUGGCCAGUGCGUGUGCAACGGUCACGCACAGAACUGCCGAUACAAUGUGGCUUCUGGGCACCCAGAAUGCGAUUGUGGCCACCACACUUGCGGCCCACACUGCGGACGCUGCUGCCCCUUGUACAACCAGAGACCCUGGGGUCCCGGUUCUUCCAGGGACGCCCACCACUGCCUGCCAUGCAACUGUCACGGACACGCCAAGAGCUGUCACUACGAGGAAGAAGUGGAAAAGGCCGGUUUGAGCAUGGACGCCACUGGGAACUAUCAGGGCGGUGGCGUUUGCGACAAUUGCACGGCUUUCACUACUGGCAUCAAUUGCGAACUCUGCCUACCAGGAUACUACCGCCCCCAAGGAGUAGCUCAAGAUUCUGAAACUCCCUGUGUUAGAUGCAAGUGCGAUGGAAUAGGAAGCUCUAGGGAUUGCGUCCAAUAUGGCGAAGAUGCGGGAAAAUGUUUAUGCGAAGAGGGCUACGCCGGUACGAAUUGCGACGAGUGUGCGCCCGGCUUUAGGGGGUUUCCGAAUUGCGAAAGGUGCCCGUGCGAUACUAAAGGAGUAUUGGACGGGGGUGACUGCGAAGGAAAAUGCGUUUGUAAGGAAAACGUAGAAGGUGAAUACUGCGAUCGUUGUAAACCAGGUCACUUUGGGCUACGAUCUGAUUAUCCUGGAGGAUGUGCAGAGUGUUAUUGCUCUGGCGUAACCACAUUAUGCGAGUCAGCAGUCCUACAAUCACGAAAGAUCGCCACCUUGCAAGGCUGGUCCAUCACCGACCUGAAGACCACCACGUUCGUGAAACCGACGAAAGACGACCAUGGCCUCCUCUCCGUCGGCAGCUACGAGCUGCCCGACGUCGAGGCCUACUACUGGCUGGCUCCCGGGGAUUUCUCGGGCAACAAGUUGGAGGCGUACAGCUCGGAGCUCGUCUUCAAGGUGCACUGGGUCAUUAUGAGGGGCGACACGAGCGGCGAACCGACGGUGGGUCCCAAUGUUAUCUUAGUCGGCAAAAACGGCAUCACGAUAGCCCACGGCAGCGAUCUCUUCGCAGACUCGUCGAACACAACGUUCCGGGUGAAGAUGAACGAAGUGGGCUGGUUUCACGUUUCCAAAGACGUCGAGGAUACCGGGCAUCGCCUCCGUAGAGGCGACGGGUACAGGGGCGAUCCGGUGAGCAGACGCCAGUUCCUGGCGGUGCUGAGCGAUAUCAGGUUCCUGAUGGUGAGGGCCACUUUCCACACCGAUCAGAUCGAGGCGCUGCUGGAGAGCGCGGAGAUGUCAUUAGGUAACAUCGACGAAUCAGAAACAUACAGUGGUGUAGAGAAAUGCUCAUGUCCUUCCGGAUACUCAGGACUAUCCUGCGAAUCCUGUUCGUUUGGUUAUGUGAGGAUCAUGGCUAAUACAUCAGAUCAUCAUCUACAAGGUUUCUGCGGGAAAUGCGACUGUAACAGCCACUCUGCGACCUGCAGUGCUGACACAGGCGAGUGCUUCUGCGAGCACAAUACCAUCGGGGAGAGAUGUGAACGUUGCGCACCUGGGUUCUACGGGAACCCCCUGCGGGGUACACCUUUCGACUGCAAACCAUGCGCAUGUCCGUUGGAAAAUGAGGAAAACAACUUCAGCCCUAGCUGUCAAUUGGAUUACGUGGAUGAGGAUGACGAAGACAGGGGUGGGUAUGUUUGUACCCAGUGUCCCAAAGGGUAUACAGGCGACCAUUGUGAUGUAUGCGACGACGGUUACUUUGGAAACCCUCUGGAAAUAGGGAAUAAGUGUUUUCCCUGCGACUGUGGUGGGGGACCAUGCGACAGGGCGACGGGACAGUGUCUGAGCUGCAAGGGCAAUACCGAAGGUUGGAAAUGUGAACGUUGCAAACCGGCCCACUAUGGAGAUCCUGCAGCUUCGGAUUGCAUAGCUUGCCUGUGCGAUCCUAUGGGUUCGUUAUCCAAGGAAUGUGACAACGAGACAGGACAGUGUCAGUGCAAACCUCAUUACGUUGGACGUACCUGCGAUAAAUGCGAGGAAGGUUUCGGCAACGCCACUGGCGGCUGCGCGGCCUGCAACUGCGACCCCGUCGGAUCCGUCUCGCCGGUCUGCGACGCCGUCACUGGACUGUGCAAAUGCCGUCCCGGCGUCGAGGGAUUCCACUGCGACGCCUGCCAGAACUUGCAUUACGGCUUUUCCGAAGAGGGAUGCGAACCUUGCAACUGCGAUGCCGACGGUUCCCUCUUCGACACCUGCAAUUCAAACGGACAGUGCAUAUGUAAACCGAACUACAUCGGAACGAAAUGCAAACGAUGCAAGGCCGGCUACUGGAAACACUCGCAAUUGGGAUGCAGCGAAUGCUUCUGCGACAGGGACGGAUCGGUCAGUACGGACUGCGAUGCUGAGACUGGAAAAUGCUUAUGUAAGCCAGGAGUUGGAGGGGAUAGGUGCGAGUCUUGCCUGCCGAGGUACUAUGGUAACAUCACCGACGGAUGCAAGAUGUGUGAUCCAUGUGAUAAAGAAGGACACAUCUGUGAUCCUCACAAUGGUAAAUGCGUCUGUCCCUACUUGACCGUUGGCUAUAACUGCGAAAGAUGUGCUUUGAACUCAUGGGGUUAUACACCUCAAAUUGGUUGUAAGAAUUGUUCCUGUUCAUCCACGGGCAGCUUGAAGCAGCAGUGCGAUCCCAACAGCGGCAAGUGCGAAUGUAAAAAGGGAUACGAGGGUGACAAGUGCGAUUCUUGCACUUUCGGCUAUUACGGUUACCCCAACUGCAGGCAGUGCACCUGCGAUCCGAACGGAACCCUCGAAGGGGAAUUCGCUAACGGAGUGGCCAGAUGCGACGUAGACGGAGGCUGCAGAUGCAAGGAACUCGUCGAAGGCAAGAAAUGUAACGAAUGCAAACGCGGUACUUUUGGACUAGACAAGAACAAUCCUCGCGGUUGCAUCACUUGCUUCUGCUUCGGAAGAAGUAACACGUGCUCAGCUCUGGAUUACACCUGGGAUCAGAUCCACACCAAUAGGGUGCCAUAUACCAAAGAAAAUUGCCUCUUCUCUUCGCCUUGCAUCAACCUCCCCUCCAAGUUCACGGGAGACCUGACCCUCUCCUACGGCGGAUUCCUCAGGAUAAUAGGUCCAUCCACCGCCCCCGAAUACUUGGUCCGGUUGACCGGAAACGACGUAACGAUCGAGAGUAGCUUCAGCGACGACGUCAGACUCGACGAGAUCAACUGGCGCAUCUUCAGGACGUCGGACAAGCUUCUGCCUGACUGUAACCGGGAACUGAACAGGAAGUGCAUGAUGGUGAUCCUGCAGAACGUGUCCAACGUGGCUGUGAAGACAUCCAAACAGGAGGAGAUCAGUGAAGUUUUACUGGACAAGGCUGUCAUGAUAUCUUCAGCUCAAAGGGCAAGGACGAUAGAAAAGUGCGAGUGCCCUGUAGAAUAUUCUUCUCUCUCCUGUCAAAACCCGAGUUCAGGUUACUACAGGUACAGAUUGCCAGUUUUUGACACUUCACACACUUGGGUUGACAGAAUUGUAGGGGUGGCCAAGAAAUGCAAUUGUAAUGGAUUGUCGGACACUUGUGAUAGCGAUACUGGUCAUUGUCUGAACUGCAAGAACGAUACCUAUGGUCCUCACUGUGAAUACUGCGCGGAGGGUUUCUACAAAACACAGGAUAAUGCAUGUAUGCCUUGCCAGUGUCCUUCUGAGAAGCAGAACUUCGCGAAAAACUGUACGGCGAACUACAAGAUGAACCAGUUUGUCUGUCUCUGUAAAGAAGGAUACACAGGAAAGAAAUGCAACAAGUGCGAGGACGGUUACUUCGGAAAACCUCAGGACCUCAACGGCUCCUGUGAAAAGUGCAAUUGCAAUUCCUACGGAAGCAAAUCACCGACCUGCGACAAAUUCACCGGAAGAUGUCAGUGCCAUCCAGGUUUUACAGGAGACAGAUGCGAUCAGUGCAAGAGCCCCAGAAAGUACAUCAACAACGGAGUUUGCACCACUUGCGAUGAUUGUAGUCAGAUCCUAUUCAACUCAAUCGACGACAUCUCCAACCAACUCAACGAAACCCUGGAAUCUUUCGGUGAUGGCCUGCAGGGUCCUUGGAAAUACUUGGACGCCUUGCAGGAUCGAAGUGAACUACUCAAGGAAAGGUACGGAAGAUACGACGACCAAAUGAAAAAGUUCUCCCAGAACAUCGAAGACAUCAACAAGUAUGAGGAUAAAGCUAAUAAUCUUCACAGUGCUCUGAAGGUCAAAACAAGGCAACUAGAUAACCAACUGGAGAAGGUCGAGCGCUUGGAAGAUGACUCCUCGAAGAUUGGUCGAAACGUAUCCGAUCUACAAAAGAAAAUGGAGGGAUUUGUCGAGGAAAUGAAUAAGUUCGGUACUUCACAUAUAAACGUAAAAAAUUCUUUGGAACAAGGCAAGGAGCUCUUGAAGGAAAUCGACGCGAAAGCUAAAAUUAUAAAAACUGUGGAAUACAGCGGGACAAUCUUCGAGUACUGCAACAAGAUCGUGAAGCAAAUGGGGGAAAUUUAUAAGUUGGAAGACUUCAACAUCGACAAGAUAACUGGGAACAUCGAGGAUCUGAAGAUGCGGUUCGAUGAUAUGAACAAUCUAUCAGACUUCGUGAGGAAGCAGUCGAAACAGGUAAAGUUCAUGAACAAGGAGAACACCAUCAAGUACCACGACUUGGAUAAGACUAUAUCGGUAUUGAGGAACAGGCACAAGAAGACCAUGGAAGACAUAGGGUUCUCCAAAGAAAAAUUGAAGGAGGCUGAACAAGUCCUAAAGAAGUUGAAAAAAUUAUCCGAUAAUUUUUUGACAAUGAAAUUCGAUUUCGAAAUGUUGGAGAAAGCGGAAGAGAGUUACGACAAGAAUGAGGUGGAAAUUGAGGAAAUGAUGAAGAAAAUAUUGGAGCAUGUGAAAAAUCUGAACCAGACUUUGAUAGACUUAAAAAGCCAAGUCAACUUCACCCAGGAGGAAUGGAAGAAGAUCAAUGCAGGAGAGAGUUAUGAAAAGAUAGCAAAAGGAGUUGCAGAAGCAGAAGACGAUGCUAUAGAAGCAGAUGAGAUCCUCGCUCAGGUUGAUGGAAUAAUCAACCCCUCAGAUGGCGACACACUCUUGAUCCAAAGCAGCAUAUCCCUGGGAUUCUCUGAUCGCUUGAAGCAGAGGAUCAUAAACCACGUGAACCAAAACGAUCUACGAAAAAAAUUGGACAGUGUCCGGUACGAGCUGGAUAAUCUGGAAAGAGACAUAUACAAAAGCGGAAUAAGCUUGAACAACUUCAGCUCUCUGAUGCACAACCUGAAGGAGCGAAUUUCAUCGAGUAGGCCGAAUAUGGAUGACAUGAAAGAGGUCAUAGAGACAGCUUCCGACAUCUCCAGAAACAUGACGAAGAUUAUCUCGGAGGUGAACACGAUGCGCUUCGUCAACGAACAUAACCUGACGAGACCUUUCAACAAAUACCUCAACAUGAUAUCGAAAGAAAAUACGAGGAAAUUGAACGAACAGAUCUAUUCGAAAAUAAACGAAAUCGAGAAACUCAACAUAAACACUAAUCUACACGGCAUCAUCGACAGGAAGAACGAUCUCCUGGCGCAGAGUUACCAGCACCUUAACAAUCUAAAAAACAAAAUCCUAGCCUUGAAAUCGAACAUUACUUUCACUACCCAAAGGGUCAACAAUUUGUACCUUCCCAUAUCUUUGACCAACUGCUCGCGAUGGUACCAGGUGAAGAACAUCGGAAUCUUCGACAGUAUGCGGAUGAAGUUCAACUGCAGCACUUGCGAUCUGCUCAACUUGUCGACUAACGGACACAAGAUCAGCAUGAAGGUUAUUGACGAUCUCUUUAUACUCAAAUGGAAUAAAUUCCCUGUAGUGGAAGUGGAACUUGACAGGGAUAGGAUUACUUCUCUAGAAAUAAAAAGGAGACAGGACAGCUUAUAUCUGCACAUCCUAAACCAAAUAAUAGAAAUCCCAGAACCCAAACUACUUUACAUAUCUCCCAACGAUCUGAUAAACAUUGGAACCAACAUGAACCAUCCCAGUGCAGGUUGUUUGUACGAAUUCUUCCUCAAUGACAUCAACGUCGGACUUUGGAAUUUCGUGAAGAGCGAAGGAAAAUGCACCGCAUGUGAAACAGAGGCCAGAGGUUCCGAACAGGAAAAACUCAACACUCUGUAUGUGGACGGCAGUUACUCGCUCUACAAUGUGGCCACCUUGAAUCCACAACAGUUCUCGGUGAUACUGAAUUUCAAGACCUUCGACGAGAACAGCCUGCUCUUUUUAGCACAAGAAAUAUCUAAUCCAUGCGCCUACAUGUCUCUGGUCCUGAAGAACGGCCUAUUAGAGUUUUACAUGAGCCACAAUGACAACGCCACCACAGUCUCGAUACCAGUAGAGGAGAAAAUCAACGACGGUAGAGAGAACAAUAUCAACAUAGCGUUGCAGUACAAGGGCAACAAGCAGUACUACGAUCUUACCGUAAACGACAAGUCCUUCAAUGAGAUCAGAAACCUGUUCAGGAUGAACGUCUUCAGGAUAAGGCAAAGCAGGUACUUCGUGGGAGGCGUGAGUCCCACUUUCAACAGAACCUGUAUAUCCGUCAAUACAACGUCGUUCGUGGGUUUCCUCAAUCAUCGCAGUGAGAGGAACUUGAGAACUGUAGUGUCUUACAAUACAUUCCCAAGAAGUGUUAAGGAACUCAACUUCCAUCGAGCAUGGUUCACUGGAGAAGGUAACCUCAUCUUAAACACCACAGCGAAAUACAGAAAGAGGAUAUUCAACAUGUAUUUCGAACUGUAUCCCAUCUCCAACAGCAGUUAUGUGAUGACCAUCGACAAAAUCGGAAAGAUAACCAUCAGGGACAGAAGGAUGUUGCUAGAACUUCAAAACGGACAACGCGUCGAGUCUGCAGUUUCACUCAACGAAGUUUUAAACACUAUUAAUAUUACUAUCGGUGAAAAUGUAUCGGCGUUGACGGUGAAUGGUGAAGAGAAAAAAGGCCAGGGAAUCAAGUUGCUUCGAGGCGAUCCCAUCAUACUGAAUAUUGGAGAGGAUUAUACUAAAGAGUAUGGUGGAUUGCUUGGAGGAAUAUCUAACAUUUAUGUUGAUAACAAAGAGGUAACCUUCAACUCUUCCACUGUAACCAGUUUCAAACGAGUCGAAAUUGGACGAUGGAGAAUGCCAGAGCUACCAGAAGAAAUUCCAACAAGUCUAACAAUAACCGAAAACCCAGAUAGUAUGCAGAACACUCAAGGUUGUUUUCCAGCGUCGCCACAUCAGAUAGAUCCUUCUGCCAUCAAGUUUGGAGAUAGAAGGCCCAGCUAUGUGUACAAAAAGAACUCGUUUUGGAGGAAAAACUUCACUUUGGAGUUACAGUUCAGAACUCUGAAUCCAGAGGGUUCAUUGAUGAUCUCAACGGGUUCGCAGCCAAAAUCGCAGUACAACAUUCUGGAAAUACAUAAGGGACAAUUGCAGUACUCCAUCAAGGGAAGACGUAAACCCACAAACAUAAUUUUUGAUGCUAAGGUGAACGAUGGAGAGUGGCAUACCGUUGUAAUUGAACAGACGAUAAUUAAGAAGAAAAGAAAGUUGCGAAUUUCUCUUGACGGUGUAUGGCAGAAGCUUUCUAAAAUACCAAAGAGCAAUGUCCGAAACGAAUUUUACCUUGGAAAUGUACCUGAGAACUUCACAUCUAGGGAUAUUAGUAUACAGCAAUUCAUUGGAUGCGUCAGAGACUUCAAGAUCAACAACAUGCUACAACUGAAUACCAAAGACCUAUCGGAUUUCAUGAACCUAGGUUCCUGUUUCUCUAACGUAGAGUCUGGAGCUUAUUUUGGAGGAGAUGCUUAUGCUAUUUACAAGCGAGACUUCCAAGUGAACCAACAAUUAGAGCUCAGCUUCGAAUUCAAGACGUCGGAACAAAAUGGAAUUCUGCUCAGCAUUUCAAACUCAGGAAACAGUCCUGCCCUUUCAAUCGAACUGCAAAAUGGAGGGAUGGUGAUGUCUGUUGAUUUAGGAAUCAGUCCGGUUUUCAGUGUUGCCAAUAACUUGAACUCUGAUUAUGCACUUUGCAACAACAAAUGGCAUAAUGUCACUGCCCUUUACUCCCAAUAUGAGUUGACGGUGAAGAUAGAUGGUAUCGCAAGAAGUUGGGCAAGGUACGACAGCAGCUCCCUCUCGGAUGAUAUUGAGGCACCUCUUUAUAUUGGCGGUUUACCAGAUGCUGCGCCAAGUGGAACUUUGAAAGUGAGGGAGAACUUCAAAGGCUGUUUGAGAAAGUUCAAAAUUGGUGAGACACUCAAAAAUUGGACUGAAAUGGAAGAAUUGAAUAGUGUAUCACUUGAUUCCUGUCCUAUAGUAGAUUAGGAGUGUAGUUGGAAAUUUAGGUAGUUAUUUAUUGAAUUGAUGUAUUAUUAUUAUCUAAUAUUUUGGUAAAUGCUAUUUGUAUUAACGAGUCACUGCCAUUUAUUGUACAUAUCAAUGAAGUAUUGUAAAUAUUUAAGUGUAUAAUUUUUCUCAUGUAUUUUGUAAAAAAUAAAUCUCACCUGAAUUUUA